CACUUGGCAUGGUUGGCGUUUUUGACAGACUCCAAUAAUUUUUUUUUGUCUGUUUUUGUCACACAAUUUUUUUUUUUCGGAGUUAAAUAUAAUUAAAAUUAUUAUUAUUAAUUAUUGUCAAUAAUAUAUAAAAAUAGAUAAAGAUUUUUAAUUUUUUUACAUGAAUAAAGUAAAUGAAAUUAUUUAUAUCUAUUUAUAGUAAUAUCAAUAAUAAUUUUUUAUAAUGAAAAGCAAUGUGUUGCCAACAACACGUAUGUCAGAAAAUUCAAUAUAAAUUCCUGUGAUUCAAGUGGGUAAGGUCUUCUAAUAGGAGUGCCUUUUCAACGAGCUUUAUUUGACAUUUUUUUUUUUUAAUUAUAAAUAUUUAAAUAAUAUAUAUAAUUUGCAAUAAAUAUGGCUGAGAGUCAGGGUAAUUCAUCAAAUCAAAUGAAUCAAGGUGCUGAAAGAACAUUUAAUUUUCAACGUAUGGAUUUUCGAUCAAACAAUGACAUUCAAAAAGAAGCAGAUGAAAAAAAAAGACAACUCAAGCUUAGUUUUGGAUUACAAAGUACCAGUGUGCCAUUUCCUAGUUUUACAAACUCAAGUCACUCCAAUUCAUCAACAGCAUCUCCAGUUAAAAUAGCCUCACGGCCCAUCAUGCCAAUACCAAAAUUACCAGCAAGACCAAGAACAGUUCCAGCACCACAAGGAAAUUAUUUUCCUGAUAAAGCAAGGGAUAAAUUGAGAAUGUCUCAAUCAAUGCAAAGUACUGGUAAAUUACAAUUAACACCAGAUAAAGUUUAUGAUUUUACAUCUGAAGAUUUACAAGAUCUUGGUGAAAUUGGUCGAGGUGGUUUUGGUACUGUAAAUAAAAUGAUUCAUAGGAUAAGCAAUACUGUUAUGGCUGUGAAGAGAAUACGUUCAACAGUAGAUGAACGAGAACAAAAUCAAUUAUUAAUGGAUCUUGAAGUUGUUAUGAAAUCAAAUGCAUGUCCAUGUAUUGUGCAAUUUUAUGGUGCAUUAUUUAAAGAAGGUGAUUGUUGGAUUUGCAUGGAACUUAUGGAUACAUCAUUAGAUAAAUUUUAUAAAUUUAUUUAUGAAAGAUUAAAUGAAAGAAUACCAGAACAAAUACUUGGUAAAAUAACAGUUGCAACAGUAACAGCUUUGAAUUAUUUAAAAGAAAAAUUAAGAAUAAUACAUCGUGAUGUUAAACCAAGUAAUAUACUAUUAGAUCGUGGUGGAAAUAUUAAAUUAUGUGAUUUUGGUAUAUCAGGACAGCUUGUUGAUUCAAUUGCACGUACACGUGAUGCAGGAUGUCGACCAUACAUGGCUCCUGAACGAAUAGAUCCACAAAGAGCACGUGGAUAUGAUGUUCGUAGUGAUGUUUGGUCUCUUGGUAUUACACUUAUGGAAGUUGCAACUGGUUACUUUCCAUAUCCAAAGUGGAAUUCUGUAUUUGAACAACUUUAUCAAGUUGUUCAAGGUGAUCCACCAAGACUACGUCCCAAUGAAAAUGGCCUUCUUUUUACAAUGGAGUUUGUUCAUUUUGUCAACACGUGUUUAAUUAAGGAAGAAACACAACGACCAAAAUAUAACAAACUUUUGGAACAUCCAUUUAUAAGACGAUCACAGGAAGCUCAAAUUGAUGUUGCUGCAUAUAUCGGUGGCGUUUUAGACACUAUGGCAACCAAUGGUAUUACGUCUUUCACAACCAAUCAGCCUUAAAACCUAAAUAAAGAAAAAGAAAAAGAAAUUAAUAAUUAAAUAAAACAACAAUAAAUAAUAAAUAAAAACUAAUUGUUUAAAAAUACAAAAAAAAAAGAAGAGAACUUUUUUUUUUUUUGUUUUGUUGAUACAAUCAGUUGGAUGACCCAAUCUAGCGUGCGUAGAAUCCAUUUGUUGUCCCUUUUAGAGACUGUAUACUGUGUCGUGUCAUGUCAUCAAUUUAAAAAAAAAAAAUUUAUAAUAAUAAUAAUAAUUAAAUGCAAAGAAAAAGGUAUGGAUAGUUGAUAAAAUACUCGUACUUUAAUAGCGAGUAGGGGUGUCAAAUACCCAAGUAGAUAAAAUAGUGAGAAAAUGAGAAAA